CCGAGACGCAGCUGCACCGCGCGCCGCUGGACGUUGCGUCACAGCUGGACCGCGCGCGACAGCUGGCCAGCCAUGGGGACAAGAGCGCUGCGGUGCCCCUACUUUUUCCCACUAGUGCUGCUGCUGCUGCUCUGCGGGGAGUCUCCUCCGGUGGGUGGCUGCAAUGAGAAGCGUAUGUUGGCCAUGCUGCCCCACUGCAGCAAGACCUUCGCCGAAAAGAUGAAGAAGGUAGAGGUCUGGAAGUGGUGCAACCUCUCGGAGUUCAUCGUGUACUACGAGAGCUUCACCAACUGCACGGAGGUGGAGACCAACAUGGUGGGUUGCUACUGGCCCAACCCCUUGACUGAGAGCUUCAUCGCCGGCGUCCAUAGGCAGUUCUUCCAAAACUGCUCGGUGGACAGGCAAGACUGGGAGGAUCCCCCAGACGAAAUUCUCAUCCCGCUGAUCACCGUGCCGGUCCUGCUGACCAUCGCCAUGACUGGUGUGGUGGUGUGGCGCAGCAAACACACCGACCAGGUGUUGUGAGGGCCUGGUGAGCCCGAGGGGCCAUGCCCGGAGAGAUGGAAGAAAGUUCUGCAGGGCUGAUUGAGCUGGUGCUUCAGCUGCCCCCGAACACUGCCCCGGCGGUCUUGAGCUGGUGGUAGAGAAAACGUCCUGCGGCUGAAGCUUGUGUGCUGGGCACAGAUCACCGCUGCUUUGCCUGCGCUGUCCCAGACUGGGCUGGGGCCUCUGGUGUUCCCAGUACCAAGUCCCUUAGGGCCCUGCCCUGGCCUGACCUUGACCCCGCCUCACAACUGACUCUACCCCGACCCCAUUUCCCACUCUGACCCCACCCCUGGCCCUGGCCCCACCUCCUGCUCUGACUCCACCCCUAGUCCUGGUCCCACCCCUGGUCUUGGCCCCACCUCCUACUCUGACUUCAUGCCCAGCCCUGGCCCCACCUCCUAUUCUGACUUCACCUCCCUCUCUGACUCCACCCCCGGCCCUGACCCCACCUACCACUCUGACACCACCCACCCCCAGCCCUGACCCCACCCCAGCCCUGACCCACCCCAGCCUUGACCCCACCUCCUAUUCUGGCUCCACCUCCCACUCUGACUCCACCCCUGGCCCUGACCCCACCUCCCACUCUGACUCCACCCCUAGUCCUGGUCCCACCCCUGGUCUUGGCCCCACCUCCUACUCUGACUUCAUGCCCAGCCCUGGCCCCACCUCCUAUUCUGACUUCACCUCCCUCUCUGACUCCACCCCCGGCCCUGACCCCACCUACCACUCUGACACCACCCACCCCCAGCCCUGACCCCACCCCAGCCCUGACCCACCCCAGCCUUGACCCCACCUCCUAUUCUGGCUCCACCUCCCACUCUGACUCCACCCCGGCCCUGACCCCACCUCCCACUCUGACUCCACCCCCGGCCCUGACUCCACCCCCGGCCCUGACCCCACCCCCAGCCCUGACCCCACCUCCUAUUCUGACUUCACCUCCCUCUCUGACUCCACCCCCGGCCCUGACCCCACCCCCACCCUGACCCCGCCUCUAUUCUGGCUCUACCUCCCUCUGACGCCACCCCCGGGCCCUGGCCCUACCGCAGUGGCCCCGCUCUGAAAAGGUGUGCCUAUUCCCAUCUGGCUGGGGAUGGGGCGGUAAAGAGUGUGGGAGGGGGCUUUUGUGGGUCCUCGCUUUGCAGGCCUUGGGUCCUCUUGAUGGGGAGCCCACCUAGAGAGAAUCUGGAAGACAGAAUUGAACUGGGGGUUCCAAGCUGCCGCAGGACAGCUUGCGACCUGCUGUCCGUGGCCGCAGCUGGUGUGGGCCUCGGUAACGGGCCCCUCUGUGAGCAAUGAGCCUCUAUGAGCAGGGGCCUUGUGCGCUCUCCUGGUUGAGCUCUGUCUGCUGUAAUGUGCUUUCUGUGAGUAAAGAGUCCUGCUACUUC